GGAAUUUCAGUCCUUCUGUAGAAACAUUUCUCUAAUAUGUCUUUAUCAAUGUAUUGUGUGUUUUAGCUGUAGUUUUUCUUUCUAUUUGUUAAAUUGGAUCUGUUACAGCCAUGUCCUCAAAUCACAAAUCUUGACUGAGUUGCACUCCUCUUGUAAUUUGACUGCAGGAGCACAAAUGAAAUGACAGUUAAAACUUCUGGUACCAUUUAGAUCUUCUAAACUCUGUUAUCAUGCAUUCCAUGAAUAGUAGUCUCUUGAAAAGGUGCCAUUGAUGGCACACUCCUUCUUUACUAUGUUCUAGUAUUACUAAUGUCAAGUUCUCUCCUUCAGGGAUCAAAAAUUAGUUAGACUGGUUAUGAAGAAGGAUGAAGAAAAUUAAGGAGAAGCAUCUCUCUUCCCUGUGUCAACACUGCAGCUGGGAUUCUGCUAUCCCCACUGGGAUUUCAGUCAGCUUACGCAAUGCAUUAGGCCCUCUUGCUCUGUGACAUGGUGACACAGAAAGAAAAGAGUCUUUCACCCUGUAAAUGAAGAUGUACUGAAGGGAGAAAAUUAAGCUUCCAUUUUCCUUCAGCCGCUUUUCUUCCUCUGCCAUCUGUAUUUUUAUGAACUUACAUCAGCAGUGCUUGUUUUCAGCCAAAGAUCCCACUUGUGCAGUUUGUUGACUGAGAACAUAUUUUCCCUAUUACUAACCUCUUUAGUCAGAUCGGUGCCUCAUAAAGAAAGCUUUUUCACCUGUGGCACUCAAGGGCUGAACAGGUUCUGGGAAGAAGCUUAAGAUGCCACUAUUCAUCAUUUUUCUUUUAACUAUUCCAACCUUGCUUCAGCACAUACAUUGUACCUGGUACAGUGGGGUUAGCUAAAAUUUAAAUUGUGCAAAUCACAUGUUGACUAUCAGUCUUUUCUACUUUGGAGGUCAAUGAAAUUUUCAGGAAUCUAUUUACAGUAACUAUCAUUUCCCCACAGCUUGGAAAGAGUAGAGUUGACUUUCCAAUGACUAGUCCAUUUUGUGACCAGUGUUGAUCUGAAGGUAUUUUGGCAGUCAGCUGCAGGGGUUCAUGUUAGCUAUUCAGCUGCCAGUGAAAUAACUUUCUAGCAUUCUUUCUGAGCAAACCCUCAUCUCAUGCAUUGAUCCCUCUUCUGCAAGUCAACCUUUGCCUCAGGUUCUUCACUUCAGGAAGGCUGAUACCAGCGCCAAAAUGUACUAACUCCUCAAAAGCUGGAGUUGCUAAAAGCACAAAUACAACAUGAAUUGGAAACCCCUAUGAGAGAACGCUUUCGGAAACUAGAUGAAGAGGUAGAAAAAUACAGAACAGAAUAUAACAAACUUCGUUAUGAACAUACCUUCCUCAAAUCAGAAUUUGAACACCAGAAGGAAGAACAUGCACGUAUUUUAGAAGAGAAAAAAAUAAAGUAUGACUCUGAGAUAGCAAGACUGGAUAGAGAUAAAGAAGAACUGCAUAAUCAGCUGCUUAGUGUUGAUCCCACAAGAGACAAUAAGCGAGUGGAGGUACUCCUAAGAGAAAAGGCUCAACUACAUCAAAAAUUAAAAGGUUUAGAAGCUGAGGUAGCAGAACUAAGAGCAGAGAGAGAAAAUAGUGGCGUGCAGGCAGAUAAUGUCCAAAGAAUACAGGUACGGCAGUUGGCGGAGAUGCAGACUACAAUGAGAUCUCUGGAGGCAGAAAAGCAGUCAGCUAAGCUCCAAAUUGAUCGCAUUGAAAAAGAACUACAGAUGAGUAAUGAGCAGAAUACUCUCUUAACCAGCAAACUGCACAAAGCCGAACGAGAAAUCAGUGCCUUGGCCACUAAAGUAGAUGAACUUAAGCAUUCACACAAAUUAGAAGUAACUAAUGUCAGACUGGAGGCAGCAAGAGCCAAGAGUGAGGUAGAAAGAGAGAGAAACAAGAUUCAAAGUGAAAUGGAUGGAUUGCAUUCAGACAAUGAAAUUCUCAAGGCAGCAGUUGAACGCCACAAAGUGCUACUAAUAGAAAAGGAUCGUGAGCUCAUUCGUAAAGUACAAGCUGCCAGAGAAGAAGGCUUUCAAAAACUUGCAGCAUUACAGGAAGAAAAGUUAGAACUUGAAAACAGAUUAGGUGAGUUAGAGAAAAUGAAAGUGGAACAAGAUGCUUGGAGGCAAUCUGAAAAGGAUGAGUAUGAAGAGAAAUUGCGUGUUAUGCACCUGGCAGAAGAGUCUAACAGAAGGGAGCUUCAGAAUGUUAGGUUAAAACUUCAACAGCAAAUUAUUCAGUCUGAGGAGUUAGAAAAAGAGAAAAGUGAAAAUGCUGAUCUUAAACAGCAAAUUCAUGAUUUGGAACUCCAAGUGGCCUCACUUUCUCAGUGUGAAAAUGACUUGCUCGAUUAUAAUCAAAAGCUGAAGGAAAUGGUGGAGAGAUUAAAACAAGAAUGUCGAAAUGCAAGAAGUCAAGCAGAAAAAGCUCAGCUAGAAGCAGAGAAGAUGUUAGAAGACAGAUGUGUAGAGUGGUUGGAAGAAAAGCAUAAAUUUAUUCACCGCAUCACAGAAAGAGAAGAGAAGUAUGACCACGUGAAAGAGAAAUUACACCGGGCUGCUGUUGCUCAAAAAAAGAGAAAGGCUCUCAAUGACAAUAAACAAAAGAGGCUGCAGGAGAAAAUAGAACUCUUGGAAGCAAAGAGAGAAGAACUAGAAACAGAAAACCAGGUGUUAAAUAGACAGAACGUUCCCUACGAAGAAUACACUCGCCUUCAGAAAAGACUAAAGGAUUUACAGCGCAGACACAAUGAAUUCCGGAGUUUAAUUCUGGUUCCUAACAUACCAUCACUCAAUCCAGUCAGUGGGAUGUCGUCUACCUUAGUUCCUGGGCCUGAAAUAUCUUUUCCCCAUCUGCAGGAGGAACAGCAUCAAAGGGAGCUCUCCCUACUUCGUAAGCGGCUAGAAGAUUUAGAAACCACACAGAGAAAACAGCUGCAAGAGCUCGGGCCACGUGGAGAGCGAGUUAGGCUGGGAGCGCACAGUGACUCUGGUAGAAGCAGGAUGGUUGAAGAGGACGAUAUACAAAUCGAGGACUCCAAAUAAAGCCUGCAAGUUUCAAUUACCAACUGACUUCACUACUUUUUUCUUGUGUAGGUUUUUAUUGAGUGCUUUGCCAAAAACAUACUUGUAUGUGCCUCAUAUUAGAAGAAAGGAUGAAAUAUAAUCUGCGUCAUUUUGUAUUUUUGAUGGAACGCACUGUGUUUAGUCAAACAUCAUAAUUCAAGGGAGAAGAAUGACUACACUUGGUCUAUCUAAGCAUAUACAAUGAUCGUGUUGCACAAAAAACGAUUCUUUAAAAAGAAUGGUCAAGCUUUGGGUUUCAUUUUAAGCCAUUUAGGAAAAAAAACUUAUCUGGAAAAAUCCCUUGGAAUAACUGUUUCUUCAGGGAUGUUCCCUGCCCCUCCACCCACCCACCCUCCCUUUCUGUGAAAUUGUGCUGUGUUGCUAGCACAUUUUUUCUUUAAAAACAAAAAAAACCCCAAAACACAUGAUACAGGAUCUGCAAAGAGAUGGAGGAGGAGGAAAACAGAUCACAUUUUGGACAAAACCGGGACCAUAACAAUGUACCUUUUGUACUUUUUUAUAUUGCAAUGACUUAAAACAAAGUUAUGGGAGGACAUAGCUAAGUAACAAUCAAGGUUUUUAUCAAAUGCUGCAUUAUAGAUGAAGUAUGAAUAUUUGCCUUUUAUAUCUUUUAGAGACGUCUCAAUUUGUAUUUAAUAUAUUGUGUGCUUUGUUUACUUAAACCUGAUCACAUCUAUUUAUUCAAGGUUUAAUAUAUAUAUUUUAAUUCUC